AUGCUGGGUAACCCAGAAUGGACGGACAUCGGUCCGUAUCCCAGCUGCCAGUGCAGCACGCCCAACAAACUCACCAUGUUACCGGUGUGUCCAGAAGGUGCUGGAGGCCUUCCUCCUCCCCAGAGGAUUCAGUCCACUGGUGACGUGUUGAUGGAUUUAACCGGCAUGAACAUCUCUGAUUAUUUGGUGAAGACCUACCCAAACUUUAUACGGACAAGCUUGAAGAGCAAGUACUGGGUGAAUGAACAGAGGUAUGGUGGCAUUUCUGUCGGAGGACUACUUCCUGUUCUUGAUGUGGAUCCUAAAACCAUCCAGAAUGCAGCUGCUCAGUUAGGACGUCUGCUUAACGUCACAGGGGGCAGAUACUCAAAGCUUACUCUGCAGGAGUUUGGGACUUUCUUGAGAUAUAUGGAAACUGAAAACAAUAUCAAGGUGUGGUUCAAUAAUAAAGGCUGGCACACUAUAGUGGCCUUCAUGAAUGUGGCGAAUAACGCCAUCCUUCAAGCAAACCUGCCUCCUGGAGCUGAUUUAAAUGAGUACGGCAUCACAGCCAUCAAUCAUCCACUAAACCUGACUAAGGAACAGCUGUCGGAGGUCACAGUACUGACCACCUCAGUGGAUGCAGUGGUCGCUAUACAGUAUGUGUGAUUUUCGCCAUGUCCUUCGUACCGGCCAGUUUUGUGCUGUAUCUGAUCCAGGAGAGAGUGACGCAGGCCAAACACCUGCAGUUUGUGAGUGGGGUCAGUCCUCUGGUGUACUGGAUUGCUAACUUCUUCUGG